UUAUCUUUACAUCAGCUAGACGCUUUCAUAUCUGACCAGAGCGUCUAUAUGUUAUUUGUUAAAGUGUUAUUUUCUCGUUUAUUUAGUGAUGGGAACACCAAUAAAGGAUGUUGUUAUAUCAGAAAAUGCACCUAAAACACUGAUGUUACAGAAACAUGCUGAUUAUAUUGCAGCAUAUAGCUCGAAAAAGGAGGAUUAUGAGUACUGUAUGACAGAGUAUCUACGGGUUAGUGGUAUGUACUGGGGAUUGACGGCCAUGGAUUUGAUGGGACAGCUUUCACGCAUGAAUAAAGAUGAGGUGGUAGAAUUUGUACAGCAGUGUCAACAUGAAUGUGGUGGUAUUGGUGCUAGUGUGGGGCAUGAUCCUCAUUUACUUUAUACCCUAAGUGCCGUUCAGAUAUUGACACUGUAUGAUUGCCAGAAUUGUAUUAAUGUGGACAAGGUUGUAGAUUUUGUAAAAAAUUUGCAACAAGAUGACGGCAGUUUUUUCGGAGAUAAGUGGGGUGAAGUUGACACAAGAUUUUCGUUUUGCGCAGUGGCUUGCCUGGCCCUUUUGGGACGUCUUGAUGAGAUUAACACAGACAAGGCUGUGGAGUUUGUCUUGUCGUGUAUGAACUUUGAUGGAGGGUUUGGUUGCCGGCCAGGGUCGGAAUCUCACUCUGGACAGAUUUACUGUUGUGUUGGAAUGCUAGCUAUACUUGGAAGGUUACACAAUGUAAAUGCUGAUAUGUUAGGUUGGUGGCUUUGUGAGAGGCAACUUCCAUCUGGUGGACUAAAUGGUAGACCAGAAAAGUUACCUGAUGUAUGCUAUUCAUGGUGGGUGUUGUCAUCUUUGAAAAUAAUUGGCAAAUUACACUGGAUCAAUAAGGAAAAGUUGGUGAAGUUCAUGCUGGCAUGCCAAGACGAGGAGACGGGAGGGUUUGCAGACAGACCAGGAGAUAUGGUUGAUCCAUUCCACACAUUGUUUGGUUUAACAGGACUUUCAUUAAUGGGGGAGGAAUCAAUCAAACCUGUGAAUCCAGUUUUCUGUAUGCCAGAGGAGGUGAUUAGAAGAGCUGGUAUAAAAAUGGAGCUAUUGUGAUAGGGAGAUAAAUAGAAGAGCUCAGAAUAGAAAUUAACCAUUUCUGAUGGGGGUGAUUAAAAGAAGAUCUGUGCUUUGCUUUGAAUCCUGUGUGAAAAGAUUUGAAGAGAAAAGCAAAUGGAAUUUUAUUGCUUUGUGGCAAUCCUUAAUUGUAUAAAAGGCUUUAACAAUACUUAAUUGUACAAAAGGCUGUAAAAGCAACUUCAACUGUGAUAGAAAUUAUUACUGCUUCAACACCAGAUGGUUUGUUCAGUUGUGCCAUUUGUCAAGUACAUUUAUAACACUGUAAAAUGAUGCAAGUGGGUUUUUUAAGCUUACCUGUGCACAAGGUGCUUUAGUGAUAAUGUGAUGUUCGUUUAGUGUCAUUCAUGAUAUAAUUUCUUAAGGCAACAAUUCCAUAACAACAUACAUGUAAUUGAUUUUUACCAAAAUUCACAUAAAAGGUCCUUCUACAAAAGUUAGAUGAAUGGAUCCACUGCCAUGCAUAAUUAUGCUAUUAAACUAGACAUAAAAAAAGAAAUAUUUAAAAUUCUUCUCAGAAACUACAGGCACCUAGAGCUUAGAUGUUUAGCAUUUAAGCAUCAUCAUUGUACAGUUCUAUACAAUAGUUAUACAAAUUUAGACCCUAGGGUCAAGAUUGGUCUUGCCCUAGGGUUUUCUUAAGUUUACAAAUACUUUAUAGGCAAACAAUCUUCUAGUGUGAAACUACAUGGUCUAGAGCUUCUGCUGCAUAUAGCUCGAUAUCUACAGAGGUUUUUAGGCCAAACAAUAGGGUAGCAGAACUCUCAACUACAUAGAAUUCAGAACACAUUGAUUUGUUUCUGUGCUUAAAUUUGACAGUUAUAUCCCAAGCGCUGGUAAUAAGUCACUUUUUGUAUGUUGUUAACGAUGCUUUGGAGGGUUCCAAAAGGUGUUUAAGGAUAAAUUUUAUAAAUAUAUUAUUUGGGAGGCAAUUUAUUUGUGACCCUGCAGUUAAUAUUAUAAAAAUAUCUUUAGAGCCAGUCAAACAUUUACAAAAACUUGAUCAGGAGAAGAUAAAAGAAUUUAACAAAGAAUCCAUGAUUUCACUUCCAUUGUUCAGUAAAAGGAUUUAACGGUCCACAUUUGAUACAUUUUUGCCCUAGCACCGGACAGUCACUUGGAAUAUAAUUUAUUUCCACAUCAGUGGGAUUUUUUUUCUUUGUUCAAAUUGUUGUUUUGUUGAUCCGUCACAGUGGCUGCUGAAAUGUCAGCUUUCUGUCUCUUUGAUGUGCAUUUUGGUCAGUUAUUCCAUUUUCUUAUCCUUGGUGUUGCUGUUGAUUUAUGACAUCAUGUUGAUUUAUGACAUCAUGUUGAUUUAUGACAUCAUGUUGAUUUAUGACAUCAUGUUGUAAAGUCUGUAGCAAGCUUGUGCUGGAGACUGACUGAGUUUGUAUGUUUGAUCAACAUUUACGCAUAUUUCAAGUGUUGAUCUGAGCCUUUCACAACCAGUUUUUCUCUGACCUUAUUCCAAAGACAAUAUUGUCGCUAAUAAAAUAUUGUUGCAUAUCCACUGGAUUAUCACUGUCCUUAUUCUGUAACAAGCUGUUCAAAUGGUUCAUUUUCUUAUUGUGAACUUAAUUUGAAAAAAUAUCUGUUAUAAAUGAUGUUUGUUUUAAGUGUGCAAUAUUCUUUGAAUUUAUAAUGUUACUUCAGUUUUUUUCUCUGUUCGUUUGAUAAGUCCAUUUUUGAGUAUACAUGUACAUAUAUCUCUUGUCCCUUUUCACAGACCCAUAAUUUUAUAGAGGUACGGCGAAUUUCUUUGUUUUACUUGCCAUCGGCUUGAAUUUUUUCCAUGUCCUUUAACCACAACAUCUUGUACUGUUUAAAUUCUUUUAAUUCCAGUCCAUACAAGGAAUUUGUUAAUAAUUAUUUUCCAUCAUGCUUGUAGCUUGUCUUAUAAUUUUUUUCUUUUUAAUUCUUUAUAUCUUGUUUAUUUUUUAAUUAUUUAUAUCAACAUUUAAUAGCUUAAAUAAUUUUAUCAUCCUAAAUCUUAGGACACCAUGAUGUUGUAUUAUGGGGCUUUUGAUGUUUGAAGUGCACACUGUGUACAUAUUAAUAAAUAUAAAUAUAUAUAAUAAUAUUGUAAUAUAUAAAUAAGCAUUAUAUGAUGUACAACAGGCCACUGAUUUAGGAGGUUUUUGAAAAAUUGUUUAAAUAUCAACAAAAAAUUAAUCUUAAAUGUUUUGUAUACCUCAUUCAGGAACCUUAAGAAUGUACCAGUUUCCAUUUUCAUACAUAUUUUUUGAAGUUAAUGUAAAGAUUUUCAACUAAACUUUGUAUAGGUGGUGCAAUAUUUAAUAAAAUACUGAAAGAUAAUUAAAAUAUUGCAAAAAAAUGUGAUUUUGUAUAAUAUUAAUCUCUCCAACCAGUAUAGACUUUACCAAAAUACAAAAACAACAUACAAAACAAUCAUAGCUUCAAUAAUGUUGAAACUAUUUAGAAAUUAUAAACCCCCUAUUUGACCCUAUUGCGCUAUAA